GUCUACGUUUUCUAUUUUGCUUCUAAAGAAGUCAUGGCCCAAGCUAAAAGUUUUUUCGAAGACGUGAAAAAGGAAAUAGAAUGCCCACUGUGUCAGGAGCAAUUCGGCGCUAACAAGCAACCGAAAAUUCUGAAAUGUCUUCAUACCUUUUGCAAAUCAUGCUUGGACGGAUGGCUUCGACAACAUCGCACAGGAGCCUUAAGUUGUCCUUCUUGCCGGACAGUAACUGAGUGCCCUAACAAUGACAUCGACAGUCUUCCGUCCAACCUGUUUUACAAACAAAUGGUGGAAAUUGUGGAGGCAUACACUGGCCAAGAAGAAUCAUCAUGUUGCGGGAAAUGCGACGAACAAAAAUCGCUGAGGUUUUACUGCUCCAAUUGCAACUGUUUACUGUGCGAAGAAUGCGCUGCACUGCACAAGAAGUGGAAGGAUUUCAGAGGCCAUCAACUUAAGGAAAUUGGACAACUUCAGUCCAGUGAUGUAGAAGACUACUCUCGUAGAACGAACGUCUGCACAGAACAUGAUGACGAAUUUAGAUUUUUCUGCGACGCAUGUCAAAUUUGCAUUUGUCGUGACUGCGCCAUAUUAGACCACGACGACCACAAGAAAAUUUCGCUUGAGAAAGGACUAGAAAAUAAGACAACUGAAAUUGAGAAUAAGAUACGAGAGGUUCAGGUAAACGGGUCUCAAUUGAGAAACAAAAAGGAAUCUCUAGAGAAACGUAGAAUCAAGGUAAUGAACAGCUUUGAGCGAGCAACAAACAGUGUACGUAUGGUUGCAGAACAGUGGAUUACAUUUAUUCGCAAGCAUGAAGCAGACAUAACAGAAAAGUUAAUGAAGCAGAAAGACGCGUUUGAAGCUGAAUUUUCAAACCAGAUGUCGAGCUUGGAUGGAAGAGUGGUAGAAAUCGAAAGCAGCAUUCAUUUUGGCGAGGAAAUUCUCUCUCGUAGGAAUCUACCAGAAAUUUUAAAUGUUGAAGAAAUGUUGGAGAACAGGCUGCAAGAACUUUCCGUACCCUUUGAGUCCACACUGGUCUUCCCUGAAGUUGCGUACAGUUCAAAUGAUUUCAGUUGCUUGAAAGACGGACCUGGAAGGCUGAUAAGGACGGUUACAGAACCUACGGUAUCUGUUGCAGAAGGUCGUGGUUUGAAUGAGGCCAUUGAAGGAGAGGAGAGCACAUUUACUGUGAUUACAAAAGAUAUCAGGGGACGAAUAGUUUAUAGCGAAAUCGAUCAGGUCAAUGUUGAUAUAAUCUCCAUUAGUACCAAAGCAAUUUUGACAGCCAGCUUGACUGACUUAAAAAAUGGACAAUAUCUAGUAAAGUACAGAAGUGAAACAGCAGAUGACUUCAAAAUAUCUGUUACAGUCCGAGGUGAAGCCAUCGAGGACAGUCCAUUUAGAUUACGAGUGAGAAAGAGAGAAACACAGACAUUUUGCCAGGUAUCAUCUUUCUUUUCUGAAAACUUCCAUGUUAUUCAAAAUAGAGGAGCAGUAUUCAUAUAAGUAUUGACUAAAUGAGUCUGAAAUAUUUGAACAAAGGUUAUUUCUUACAGCUUUUUAUGGCUACCUAGGUGGAAUGAAUUAAAUAUUGCCAGCUUUUACUUGGGGUAGAAGAACACAGAAAAUGUCAUCACAAUGGAAUGUGCUGCUCAUAAAAUCAAUCACUUUAGAGUAACCUUUAGUAGAAAAUGUGUGAUGAGUGAUUAUUCUACUCGCAUGUAUCUUAACUUGCUAGUGUGGAAGUGUUAAAAUCUGGAAAUAUGCAAAUAAGUCUCUACCUUACUCACAUUUAUCUUAAGUUUGGAAGAUCGAAAAUCUGGAAAUAUGCAAAUGAGUCCAUCUUACUCACUUUUAUCUCAACUGGGUAGUGUGGAAGUGUGGAAGUGUGGAAGUGUGGAAGUCUGGAAAUAUGCAAACUAGCCUAUCUGCAAAUUAGUCAAUCGUCCACCAUCUUGGAUUUUGAACUUCACAUAAAGAUAAGGCUUGGAAUGCAUCAAAACUGAUUUGAACACCCUGUCUAAUGAUAGAUCAAGUACUCUACUACUAUAUUUUGAACAAUGGAAUCUUUAUUUAGGGUAAUUUUGAGUUAUGUACCCUGAAGUUGGACAGAUUCUAUCUGGCAAUGGUAAGAAAUUAGGGAUGGCAAUAAUUUUACUUUUCACAGUUGUUCUAAAGUAAAUUAAUUAUGAGAAAGCUAUCUUUACAACUUUCUUUUUUCACUUUUAACAAAGGCAUUUAUAAGAGCUAUGCUUUAAGAGCCUAGUGCUUACAAUCUGAAUGAGUCUGGAUCAAUGCAUGUGGCUACCAGUUGUGUUGCAUCUGAAUUAACAAACGUGUAAAAUGACAUUGCCUCACAAUUCAUGGCUCAUUUUAAUUUCUUGUAGUGAUGUGCAUAUAAACACUUCAGUAAAUUACACCGCAUGUCUCUGAUCUUAUGCUAUUUUGUUCAACAUGUAACUCUUUUUUUUUUCCUCAUUUUUGUGGCCAAAUUGUUUAUACUGAUCUUGUAAACAGGAGUUUGUUGGUGAAUGUUGCCAUCAUUAGUCAUACUGGUGAGCUGCACACUCAAUCUUUCAACAAGGGUGCUGUAUUCACUUAACAAAGAUAACUAUACAAAAAUUAGUUUUGAUUUUUUUUAAGAACUCCUGAAACAAAGUGUUGAAAUAAAAGGGCUUCUUGCUGUACUCAAUUCAUAUUUCAUCAAGAGACUUUGUUUUGGGAGUUCUAUAGGAGUCAAGUUGCAUUUUAUUUGAUUUGUUCAACUCUUGACCGGAAUAAUAAGAGAGACAUGGCUGAAAAUCAUCUCUUCCUUAAAUAGAGCCACUUCAAAAUAAAAAAAAUUUGAGAUAAAUUUAUUCAGCUUGUAAUGUUUUUAAAAAACAGUAUGCCUGAAUGAAAUGUGUUUAACUCAUGUUUAUAGAUAGUUUGUUGAUAUUACAAUAUUUUUCACUUAAUUUAGUUCAGACUUCAUUACCUGCUGUGGCAUUUAACCCUUUAACUCCCAUGGGUGACAAAGACAGAAUUUCUCCUUACAGUAUCAACACAGAAUCAAGCAGACAAGUGAGGAGAAUAGAAAAAAAAACUUAUUUAGGGGACUACAAGUUGAUCCAAUACAAAAUUCUCUAAAUUGAAAUCAUGAGUACUUUAUGGCAGACAGUAGGGAGAAUUACUAAUGAGAUCUUGGGAGUUAAAGGGUUAAUGGUCCCUUAUGGAUGUAAAUAAAUCUGUCUCAUUCACAAAAAAAAUUGAAACAAAAUUUUUCUAAGCAACUUGGUAAAUCAUUACUUCCAAAUCAAUUCCCAAUAAUGUAAAUUGCUAGUUGCUGCCUGAAUUUUAAAAAGUGACAUUCUACUAAAAGAGAGUCACACAUUAGUGGAAAACCCAGUCAAAUGAUGGGGUGAGAAGUGACUGGGAUUGAAACAAAGUAUACUAAUUUUUGUUUAGUUAUCUUUGUGAAGUAAAUACAGCAGUCGAUCGCGUUGAAAGAUUGAGUGUGUAGCUCACCAGUAUGACUAAUGAUGGCAAUUUUCACCAACAAACUCCUGAUUACAAGAUCAGAAAACAAUUUGGCCACAAAAAUGAGGAAAGAAAAGAGUUACAUGUUGAACAAAAGAAGCAUAAGAUCAGAGUCAUGCUGUGUAAUUUACUGAAGUGUUCAUAUAAAAAUCACUACAAGAAAUUAAAACGAGCCAUGGAUUGUGAGGCACUGUCAUUUUAUGCAUGUUUGUUGAUUCAGAUGCAACACAACUGGUAGCCCCAUGCAUUGAUCAAGACUCAUUCAGAGUGUAUGCAAUGGGCUUUUAAAGCAUAGUUCUUAUAAAUGCCUCUGUUAAAAGCGAAAAAAAACAAAAGUUGUAAAGAGAACCUUCUCGCAAUUAAUUUACUCCAAAACAGCUGUGAAAGGUAAAAUUAUCGCCACUGGUGAUUUCUUAUCAUGGCUGAAUAAAAUUUUUUCAACAUCAGAGUACAUAAUAUAAAAUUACCCAUAAACAGAGGUUCUAUUGUUUAAAAUAUAGUGAUGGAAAACUUGAUCGCUCACUGAAUGGGGUGUUCAAAUCAGUUUUGAUGCGUUCCAAACCUGAUAUUUACGUAAAGUACGAAAUCCAAGAUAGACAAAUUUGCAUAUUUCUAGAGUUCCAAACUUCCAAACUACCACACUACCAAAUUAAGAUAAAUGUGAGUAAGGUAAAGACUCGUUUGCUUAUUUCCAGAUUUCCGAACUUCCACACCAUCACACUACCAAGUUGAGAUAAAUGUGAGUAAGAUGGACUCAUUUGCAUAUUUGCAUAUCAGCAUAUUUUCGAACUUCCAAACUUCCACACUACCAAAUUAAGAUAAACGUGGGGGAGGCAAAGACUCAUUUGCUUAUUUCCAGAUUUUCGAACUUCCACACUACCAAGUUGAGAUAAAUGCGAGUAAGAUGGACUCAUUUGCAUAUUUCCAAAAUUUCCAAACUUCCACACUUUCACACUACCACACUACCAAGUUAAGAUAAAAGUGAGUUUGGUAAAGACUAAUUUGCGUAUUUGCAGAUUUCCACUCUUCCACACCACCAAGUUGAGAUACACGCGAGUAAGCUAAUUACAUAUUACACAUUUUCACGUUUCAAAGUUACUCAAAGGUGAUUAAUUUUAUGUGCAGCACAUUCCAUUGUGAUAACGUGUUCUUUGCUCUUUUACCCCAAGUAAAAGCCGUAUUGCCAGAGUAAUUUUUUCUCUGAAUCACCAAAGUUCCCCCAGAUCUCUUCUCAGAAUUUACUUUAUCUUCUUUUCAACUAAUAUUACGUUAACGCAAUCAAAAAGGGGAAGCUUCUUGGCGAUCUGAGGAAUGACGGCGAAAGGGCAAUAGAUGCGAACCCAUCAGAGUUUGCCAGGGUCACCUUAAGUAAAGAUGUACUGGAAGCCUACCUAGGUGAGUAUGUUCCACUAAGCGCCUCUCUCUAGUAAGCGCCCCUAUUGCGUACGGACCCUCAUUCCAAUAAGCGCCCCCAAUUCUUUUUCAGCGUUAGCACUGCUAGAAUAAAAUCUACAUUCCCUACCUUUAGUAUGCGAAUAUUCACUAUACAGCUUCUUCUACUCUUCAUCUUUAGAUAGACAUCAAAGCUUUGUUUCGCACAUUCUGCUGUUUCCCAGAAAAGAAGUAAGCGCCUAUUUCCAACUAGCGUCCAGGACGCUAAAUCGAAUUAUUACGGUAUUUUCUAUUUUGCUCUGCGUAUCCAUGCAAAGAGCAAUUAUAGGAUAAGUGAAACAACCUCCAUUCCGCAUAUGUUUACUCAUUUUCACUAAAAACAUUUAUUCAAAAGACGCUCUACUAGUUGCUUCGUUUGUCAGCUUCUAGAGGUGAUUUCAAGUAGGCCUGUUUUGAAAAAUAGCUUUCAGUUGAUGUCGCAUGAAAGAGAAAAAAUAGUGUUGUAGUUCUAAGCAUACAUGCUUUCUUCGUGGCUUUAUAGGGAGGGUCAAAGUUUCAGUCUCUCGAGGAGACCUUACUACCGAAAAGGUUGAUGCUAUUGUUAACGCCUCCAAUGAAACUCUUCGACACGAUAGUGGUCUCGCCAAGGCCAUUCUUGACAAAGGUGGAAAAUUAAUUAGCCAAGAAUCGAACAAGAUUAUUAAGAAGCGCAGAUCUUUGAAGGAAGGUCAAGCAGUGUCAACUAAAUCAGGAGAUUUACCGUGUAAGUUGGUCGUUCAUGCCGUAGGGCCAGAGUAUCGAAGAAUAGGAUUAACCCAGAGUAAAGAAGUUCUCCGCCGAGCCUGUCUUAACAGUUUGAGAAUCGCACAAGAAGAGAAGUUGACCUCCAUUGCUUUACCAGCGAUCGGUUCUGGCACUAAUGGCAUGCCCAAAGACGCCUGUGCUGAGGUGAUGUUUGAUGUCGUCGACGAAUUUAUUCGACAAGGAGAUCCUAAGAAGAAAACAAUCACUGACGUCAGAUUCGUGAACAUGGAUGAUGCCUCUUUUCAAGCAUUCAGGAAAGAGCUCAUCUCUCGAUAUGGCCACACGGGAGACGACGGACGUGGAUCUUUCCACUGGAGUGCAACUGGUGCUGAAGUUACUGAUUCAUACAUGCUCCCGCCAAAACGAAAUCUUGACAGAAACAAGGACAAGAGUUCCGAGGCUAAUGGUGCAUUAGCAAAGUCUAGGGAUGUAUCUGGAAGCCGUUAUUUCGAAACCAAUUUUUAUCACCCGCUGGAUGUCACGGCUUCUGGUUGUCCAUUGCUUCCAAAAUUUUCUUACAGUGGCGCUGUUAAGAAAUCUACAGAUUUUAAUUCUGAAGAAAAGAAGAUGGGGCUUACCCUUCCCCCUGAGGAAAAUAAAGCUCAGACGGACGAUAAAGAAGAUGGUAAGAAAGGCAAAGCGGGUAGGCUGAGUGAAGCUGAAUGUUGUAUAAAAGAUAUAUUUAGAUAGAAUCACUGACUAAGGAAUAGUAAGGUUUUUUGUCAAAACGUGUCUUCUCAGCAGAAUCUUGCCAGUUGUACCCAAAUGUGGUAGGAUAUAAACCAGAGAGAUAAACACAGUGAUGCUAUUAGUUUAAAUGAAUUGCAAUGUAUGAGUUUUCAUUAAGAACUAACGCAACAUGAAAAUUUAACUGUAAAGGUCUUUGUGUGUUAAGGUGUGGAAACGAGAGGACCUUUAGUAUUCCCAGACAAAUCUAAAAGCAUUUCUCGUUUAUCUUCGCUAUUAGAUCCCUGUCCCAUCUGUCUUGAUACUUUAACGAAACCACGGAAAUUGAAGUGCAGACACACCUUCUGUUCGAAGUGCCUUAAAGAAGCUUUGGAUACAUACAAUAAAUGCCCAGUGUGCCAAGAACCGCAAGGUGUCCUUCAAGGAAACCAGCCCCCUGGAAUGAUGCGAUUUCGUACUGAUCGUUACAGUGUUCCAGGAUAUGAAGGUAAAUAAACAAUCACACCUUACCACUUGCUUUUAAAACAGCUGAAUAUCACACUUUUUGAAGCAUAAUCGUUUUGCUCAGUGACAGCUUGAAAAAAGUGAACUAUGAAGCACUACAAAUAUGAGGUAUCUAGUCCUAUAUAUUGUGAUGCAAUGUAUUGUCUUAAUCCAGAGAUGUGAAUAUGAUGACUACGUUAAAUGUACUAACAAGCUUUUGGGGUAAUGAUUUAAUGAUUUUAAUAUGCAGUUACCUUUUUACGUAUGUAAUUGUAUGAGAGUGGCCCAGUUUUAAAACGACGAUAAUCUCGACAUCUCUCCAAUGAGACAUUAUUGAUGUUUAUGGCGACGGCAAAUCGCUAAAAUUAACUCUGAUUUUGCUCGUAUCAACGCCGUAGAAAGAUGGCUAAAAUCCGCUGAUAUGAAAUUAAAUGGUAUUUCUAACGAAUGAGUCUGCGAAUAAGGCAGAAAUAGAUAUUUUGUCGGCACGAGAUACGACAAGGCCUGGGCCUUAGGCCCGAGCAUCAUGGGUAAUGAUGCAGUGGUAUAUAAGGGAAAGUAUAGCACGUGAUGUCCAUCUAGGCCUCAGAACCAACCGUUCACCUCUGGCUGAUGACAAAUUUAUUUUAGUUUGAAAACAUAUUUUCUUUAGCUGUGAAGCCUCGUAGGAUGGGCUGCCAACUGCUCUGAGUUUGGGCCAUGGUUCCUACCCAGAUUUCCUGUCAUGUUUUUCCCCAAAGGGGUUUUUUCUGGCAGGUUUUUUCUGGCCUCUGUAUAACCGUAGUUAUGUCCUUGUAAGCGGUUGCCCAUCUCUGUUAAUCCAGACUUGGUGAAGUUUGCAUGUUAGUAAUGUAUACCUUUUUUUAAUGUGUAAGGAAUUGACUGUGUAUCAGGAUUGUAUAUGUUGCAAAGAUAUGUAUGUAUGCAUUCCCCGGGCUAUAUAUGCCUCGGGUUGGUUCUCGGCAGGCUUCCCUAAAUGAACUUAUUUGGUGUACACUACUGUGUUAUUUGUUGUGUAGUGGAGACAAAAUUGGAAAUUUGCUUAUAAAUCCCUUAUGGAAAACUUUAGAGCAGUGAGAUGGUUUAAUAAACCAAAAUUGACAGACCACGAGUACAAUUUUUUCCUACCGCAGUUGAUGUAUCAGUCAAAUAUUGUAAAUCAAGAAUAGAAACGGCUUAAACUAGCCAGCAACAAGUUUAAUUUAUAUCGUUUGCCGUGUGCCUUAAACGCCUUGCUCAGCUUCUCCAUCAGUGUCCUAAAGGGGGAGUAGUAGCUGAGUGUUCCGUCGGGGAAAAGGUCGUGAACUUGGAUUUUACAUAAUCUUUUUUUAAGUCGACAAUGUUUCUGGUAUUUAUUCCCUAAAGAUAAACCCCUGGGUUAAAAUAAAUACCGUUAACAUUUCAAUACUUUUGCGUCUGAAGAUGGUAUAAUUGUCUCGUUUACGUUGACAACAAAUUUAUCAAACUUAUCUUUCCCUCUGAAGGUCACGGCACGAUAGUCAUUGAUUACCACUUUCGGUCAGGAAUUCAAGGAAAGGAACAUCCUCACCCCGGGCAGCGGUUUGGAGGCACGACUCGCCAGGCAUAUCUUCCCGACACGCGUGAAGGAAGAGAGGUGUUACAGCUUCUGAGGAGAGCCUUUGAUGCUCGCUUGGUGUUUACCAUUGGUACAUCAAAUACUACAGGCCUUCCAAAUCAAAUAACUUGGAAUGAUAUUCAUCACAAGACUAGCUUGAGUGGAGGAACGUUUGCGUAAGUAGGAGAAAAACAUAAUUACUAAUCCAUUUAUCAGUAAUUAAUCAGUUGAUGCUUGAAUCAGGAAAGAAGAAGUUAGUUGUUUUCUCUUAAAUUUGUGAAUUUCCUUGUUAACAUAUUAAUCUCUAAAUGCUUUUGAUGUCUUGAUUAUUGUAGCUACGGUGAUUUUUUUCAGACAGUGCCAGGAAUCACUUCUCACAGAUACUACAUCUAUACCCAUACACUGAGUUAUUAGAACAAACCUGAGUUAAAAAAAGUUUUAGUGUUUGAUCUUUUUUUUAUGGCCUCCUCCACUGACAAAUCAGAAAACGCGCGUUUCAAAAGUAUGUGAGGUUUUCUGGCGUCGUCGGUCAUUCAAAUGAUUUAAGACCACAUGUUUCUUAGAGUUAAAUGACUGCAUGGUAUUAGUCAACAGAUUAUCUUUUUGCAUUAGUUUAUCUUCGCAAAAUUUAUCGAAUUUUACCUAACGUUUGGAGUAUAGCUAUUAUACUUUUGAACUAAAAACAACGAAUUUUUAGUAAAAAUUGGACUGUUCCUUACUUGCACUCAUAAUUAACGUUUUCAAUUUCUUUAUUUAAAGGUUUGGAUAUCCCGACCCAGAUUACCUGAGGAGAGUCAAAGAGGAGUUGGCUGCCAAGGGAAUCCGCUGA